AUGCUGAAAUCAAUUAAGAAAAGAAUUGCACACGAUGCGCACGUUAUUGUUACACUGAACGGCGACUUCUUGUGGCGCUCGGAGCUCGAUCGCAAGGACAAAGGAUCCGUUAUGGUUGACAUACUAAACAAUAUUGGCAUCAAGUACGCAGUGGUAGGAAACCAUGAGUUUGACUUUGGAGCGGAGCAUUUGCGCGACCUGCUCGCUGGCGCUAAAUUCACGUGCUUCGGAUCGAACGUCCGAGCUAGUAGCAGCAGGGAGUUGUAUCCUGGUCUGGUAGAUACUCACAUUAUCCCUCUGAGCAAUGGGAUUAAACUCGGGAUGUUUGGUGUGGUGACGACGGUCACUGGGAAGGACCCGUUUGCAGGUCCUAGUGUCGUCUUCGAUGACGAGCGACCACAUGCGCAGCGAUGUGUCGAACACCUUCAGGCUCAAGGAGUCAAUGCAAUUGUAGCACUCACACAUUUCAAGGUAGCGGGUGAUAUACGGCUUGCAAUGCAGGUGCCGGGCAUUAAUCUCAUUCUGGGAGGGCAUGACCACUUUCCGGUGACCUGUGUUGCUGGAGUCGACACGCUCAUCCACAAGUCAGGAAUGGAUGCGCUAUGGCUGGGCGCUGUGGAGGUGACUUUGACCACACUGACAGCAUCUCAUAGUCCAGAUCAAGUCGCAAAUGUUCAAGUGGGUUUUCAAUGGCAAAUGUUGCUGAAUCGCGGAUAUCACGCCCAUCCGGCUUGCCUCGCUAUCCUAAACAAGUAUAUUAGUGAUGUGGAGCAGGAAGAGCUGGCAAAAGGAAAGCUCGAGCCAUUAGGAACUGCUCUAACCGCCUUGGAUGGGCGCCGUAUCACGUGCCGUACGCAGGAAAGCAACAUGGGAAACCUCGUGGCGGAUGCACUGCGAGAAGGACUGGAGGCAGACGUCGGACUCGUGAAUGCAGGGUACAUUAAAGGUGAUAAGCUGAAUGACCCUGGGCUUAUAAUCACGAGGAAAUGGCUGGAGAAGUACUUGCCGCUGAUGAAGCCAAGUGUGGUCGUGGAAGUGUCCUUGCGAGAGCUGAAGAACGCACUUACCUACUGGUUACGCCGAUACCCUGCUAUGAGCUCAUCGCAGCCUCAUUUUUCCGGUAUUCAGCAAGAGGAGGAAGAGAUGGACCGCUUGGUUAGCGUCGGAGUGCCUUUAGUUAGUAGCUUGGACGGCUGGCAUUUCUUCGAUAGUGCUCGUCAACUGCGAUCGGGCCCACUUGUGCGCGAUCUGGUGGAGAAGUUUGUCAUUCAACGCCGCCAGGUCGACUAUCCUCCGAAAGAAGACCGGCUUCGUGUCAUUGAGCCUGCCUUGCCACAGCAGAUGGCUCAUAAAGCAUCAGCGCUGUGA